AUGUUUGUACCAGUGGAAUCCACGUCUGCACCGCCACAUCCGAUGCCGUCAACCAAAGAGAUCACGAUCGUUUGCCUUCUUUUUGUUGCUGUCAUCGUUUUCCAGGUCUUUGUUUAUCUAAAACUUGACGAUCCCCAAAACAGCGCCGAAGAAGUCGACAAAGAGCGCCGAGAAGAGGAACGACGGCGACGUAACGAUCUUCUGAUGAAAGCGUUGAGUGCCUUCUGA